CCAAAAAACCCUCGACAGAAAGCUAGAUCUCCUUGCAGAGUGGGUGAAAAAGAGCAGUCACUGUAUGUUCACCGGCGCUUAAAUUGUACAAGCACAGGAAUACCGGAUUAUCGAAGUGGUUUAAAUACUGUACUAAAAACGGGGCCUGGGGACUGGGAAUUAAAAGAUAAAGGAAUAGCUGGUAAAAACGCGACCACGGCUGUUUUAACCGCCGUCCCGUCUAUGACACACAUAAGUAUUGUGAAGCUCCAAGAAGCCGGUUACGUAUCGUUUGUUGUUAGUCAAAAUGUGGAUGGUCUACUUAGAAGCGGUCUCAAUCCAAACUUUCUUGAAGAGCUUCACGGAAACACAAACUUAGAGAGAUGUGUGCGAUGCGGUCAGGAACAUUUGCGCGAUUACCGUACCCGAAAGGCGGAAAAAGUAACUGACCAUCUUACAGGGCGAAGGUGCGAAGUCGACAAAUGUGAUGGUUUUCUUGUGGAUUCGAUUGUAAAUUUUGGAGAACGCCUUCUUGAACGCUAUCUCGAACUGGCUUCAGAUCACGCUGAAAAGUCAGACCUGUGUAUUUGUAUGGGGUCAAGCCUGACUGUGUCGCCGGCUAAUGGUUUUCCAGAGAUUGUUGCGAAAAGAGGGAAACGUCUUGUGAUUGGUAAUCUGCAAAAAACACCUCUGCAUAGCGUAUGUGAUCUAGCAAUUCACGCUUUGUGUGACGUCAUCGCAACGGGAUUAAUGCAACAGUUGGAAAUUCCUAUCCAGAAGUGGAAUUUUAAAAGGUGCGUUCGCCUGUCAAUGAGGCCGUCUGAAAAUGGCGUCAACAUUUCAGUUGCUGGUUUGGAUGUUUUUCAGGAUCUACCGUAUUCACUUUUUAAAAAUAUCGUCUUGAAGAAUAAUUCAAAUGAAUUUAAAAGUAUCUUGACCAAAGAACCGUUCACCGAGCAGAUUCCUGUUAAACUAGCCAAAGGGGAUGUUUCUAUUGAAAUGUUUUAUCAUGGCCAUUACGCUGAAACUCCAGCCGUUAUUACCGCUGAAAUUGUGAAAGAAUCCACAACCCGAGAUUUCUUGAUGGAAUAUGAUUUCGAGGAAAAGAGUUAGACAAUAAAGUGAGUACUUUUUGUCUGGAAAACCUUUUUUGUGAGAAGUAGUAAUGAAUGCGAAACUAGGGCCAUAAGAAAAUUUAAAAAGUUAGUUUUCGAACACUCCUGUCGUUGUUUGAACGAGUUGAUAUUUUACUUGGGAACUCGGAGCUACUGAUCAAAAUGUGUUGCUUAUUAGAAUGUUGAAACUACAAUCUUUUUGAGAAAAUUAGUGGAAUAAAUGUUUAAUUUUGAAGGUCGUACAUACAAGCAAUUAUUAACGGCGUUUUUAUAUAAAACACACGCACUUCGAACUUCACAACUGUUAUUUUACACUUUUUCAAGAAAAUAUUUUAAAUGCACGUGAAGCAAAAAAAGCUAGUUAGUUCAACAAGUUUCAACAAGUUUCAAACGCAACGAAUGCAAAAAUAGCAAAUAUUUCGGGAGAAUAAACUUUCACGAUUUAUAGAAAUCAAAUUUUUCGUGGAAGUAAUCUUUCGUGAUUUUGUCCCCAAAGCAAUCUUCCUUUAAAAUUCCAUUAGAAUCGUUUCUUUCUUGGAUUCGUACUUGCACCUUGUUCACGAAGUUUUUGCGCAUGUGCACUAUGGCAAAAGUAGUUAAUUUUUUAAGUGCGCACGAGCUAACAAAAAUACUCAUGUGCUUUUUGCGCUGCAGCGGAGAAUGCAGUCAAAUGAAAACGAGCCUUAGCUUUAAAUCUUAGCAAACGAUAAUGCAAACAUAGAAUGCUAGACAAAAUUUUCGUACGUCUUUACAAUCAAUCUCAACUCCAAAUCAUCUACAAAUUCAAAGUCUGGGUUUUAAGUUGGGGUGAAUGGUAUAUUUGAUUUUUUUAUGCACAAAUAUUUAUAGCUUAUUUUAUCACAUUUUAUAUUUCAUUUAAAAAAAACUGUUUUUACUGUUUUCUUCUUUGCAGAGUUAUACGUAAAACUAGCCCGGAGACCCAGCGUAAUUUUUCUUACCACCGGAAAUCGGAGUAGUUAAGGUGAGAAAAAUUACGCGAGUGGUGUCACUCCCC